AUGUCACAGGCAGGCCCCCAAAACGGCCCCAAACUCGACAUGUCCGCCGCGCUAGAGCCGCAACUCGAACACGCACCCCGCGACGCGCCAGCGCUCACGCUCGAGCAAGAAACGCCCACAAACGAGCACUGGGCGCUGCUGGCCACGCACUUCUCGUCCGUCACGGACCUGCACAUGGACAGCGGCUGGAACGAGGAGCUGAACGACCGCGACAUCCCGCUGCACUGGCCGCUCCAGCGCCUCACGCUCAGCAGCGCCUGCGGCGAGGUCUGCCGCUCGCCCUGGAUCGUCGAGGGGCGCGUCCCGCACCUGGUGUUGAACUACACGGCCGGCCUGCGCUUCGAGGGACCGACGACGAAGGAGCUGUGCAAGGCGAAUGAUGAAGCGAUUAAGGAGGGCGUUAAGGAGGGGCCGGAGGAGAAGGGUGGGAUUAAGAUUACUUUUGUGCCGGAUUUGGUGGCGGAGUGGAUGGAGAAGAAGUACAGCAAGAAGGACGACAGCGGCGCUGAUGCCGAGGGAGAGAAGGAGGAGAGGCAGCCGGAGUCGCGGCUACGGAAGCUGGAGAUCGUGUACAAUGACGUUCGCGACAUGCUGUACCGCUACGUGCUGGCGCACCCGAGCCUGAUCGAUCCGGUGCAGGAGCUGAGUCUCAUCGCGAAGAGCAAGUACGACAUGAGCGCGUGCGACGAGCAGAUCCUCGAGAAGGUGCUACCCCAGCUGGAGCAGCUGCGGACUCUCGUCCUCGUGCUGGGAGAUCACUACAGAGACCGCGAGCAACUGCCGAAUUUCUUCAAGUUCUUUCCGCCCAAUUUGGAGACGCUGCGCUUCCAGAGUUCUGUCUCGCUGGCGAGGGAUGAGGUCAUUUCGAAGUGGGCUGAGGCAUUUCAGGAUCCGAAAUUCUUGCCGAAGUUGAAGAAAUUGAGUUUUGUGCUGGAUCUCGAGGACGGCGAGCAGGAGAGGUGGGAGACUGAGGAGUGGGAGAGGAAGCACGCGAACGACGCUGAUGAGACUGGGAAAGAGACGGAAACAGCAGAGGAUGAUACAGCAUCGUCUUCGUCGGAGGAAAGCGCUGAUGAUACCCCAGAGGAUGAGGAACAGAAAGGGCCGACAGCGGGAGCCGAGCAUGAUGCGGUAGAGGCACAAGAAAUGACUACUGAAGCUGCCCCCAAAAAGCCACCUCCUAAGGUCUCAGACGAGGCUUUAGCAAUGGCAAAGCGUGCUUGUCAACGCGUAGAGCGGGCAGCGGAAAGUCGUGGUGUGAUCAUUGAGCCAUUCAUGGGCGAGUGGAGGCAAGAGUUUACCAGAGUUACGAAGCUGGAUGAACGAUGGGACGAGUUGUAG